GCUGUUACUGUUUAAAUGCAACUUGGAUUUGCUUCAGUUAAAGGAAGCUGCAGAUGGUACUGAAUUGUGCUUUGAAGAAAGACCCGAAAGCACAAAUGGUAUUAAUUUUGAAUGUCAGAUGCUGACGAAAGGAAAAACAAACAGAAUGCUAAGCGCCAUGCAUCCCCAGAUGAAGCAAACUCUUUUAGAUUGUUUAAGAAAGAAUUUCACGUCUCUGGAAACGACUACAAUUCUAAAGCUUGGUACACCACAUAUCUGGAGUCAUUGUUUUUGAUGCCUGGUAGUUUUAGAAGGAAGUUAAGUUCGAGAUGGCAUCGAAGUGCUAAAGAAGUGUCGAAAUCUUCAGAUCUCGAACAUACUUCAAUAAAACUUUCUAGCACAAGUAGUCAAAAAGAAAAGAAAUCUGAUCAUCAACAAACAAUUAUCAUUGCUGUUGUUGUAACAGCAACAGUGACUUUUAUUAUUGUAGCUCUGCUCUUUAUAUGCUAUAAUAGUAUUAGCUCCAGAAUGAAGCAAAAUGAUGAAAAUCAUGCAAGGCCUCUCCUAAGCUUGAGCAUAAAUUCUUCACCAAAUUUUUCUGCCUUCGGGAAUUCUUAUAAGGAAGACAAGUUCAUGAAUCAAGCAUCUAGCUUGAGUCAACACCAGAGAGCUCCAUCUUUGGAUGGUAGCCUGCAGCUUGUCUCUGAUGGUGCACGUAUUUCGAUGCAGGGGCCUCCAUCUUUUGAAGCUGCUGGAAUUGUCAAUAAUUCAUCUUUUGGAUCAGUGAAUUUGGCUGGGAGUUCUAAUAAUUUGCUGCCACCUCCUCCUGGAGCAGUGCCAGUCAACUCAGAGAUUAUGCCUCCUCUGAAGCCUCCUCCUGGCAGGGCUGUUCCCCUGCCUCCUGAACGCCCUAAGUCUUUUAAGCCUCCAUCCAGCAUGGCUACUCCUCCUCUGCCUCCACCACCUGCACCACCACCAGAACUUCCUGGAGAUUCAGGUCUUCCUCCUGUACCUCCUGGAAGUUCAGGUCUUCCUCCUUCAGGUCUUCCUCCUAUACCUCCUGGAAGUUCAGGUCUUCCUCCUGUACCUCCUGGAAGUUCAGGUCUCCCUCCUGUACCUCCUGGAAAUUCAGCUGUCCCUCCUGUACCUCCUGGAAAUUCAGCUGUCCCUCCUGUACCUCCUGGAAAUUCAGGACGCCCUUCUGGACCUCCUCCACCUCCACCACCUGGAGCCAACAGGGCAGGCCCUCGCCCACCACCACCUCCCGGAAGUGGUAAUGCUCCUCGGCCACCGCCAUUUGCACCCAAAGGUGGAAAUGCACCUCGACCUCCAAGGGGUUCUGCUUUAGGUGGUGAUAAUGGUAUGGACGAUUCGGGUGUCCCCAAAGCCAAAUUGAAACCGUUUUUCUGGGACAAAGUUCUUGCAAACCCAGAUAAUACCAUGGUCUGGCAUCAGAUAAAAGCAGGGUCUUUCCAAUUCAACGAGGAGAUGAUUGAAACUCUUUUUGGAUAUGCACCAGCAGAUAAAAGCAAAACUGAUGGUAAGAAGGAGACAACAUCAAAAGAUCCUGUACAGCAGUUCAUUCAGAUCAUUGAUGCAAAGAAAGCGCAAAAUCUGUCCAUUCUUUUACGAGCACUGAAUGUGACAAGAGAAGAAGUUUGUGAUGCACUUCAUGAAGGAACUGAUCUUCCUGCUGAACUUCUUGAGAACUUACUGAGGAUGGCACCAACACCAGAAGAAGAACUCAAGCUUAGACUGUUCAGUGGGGAGACUUCUCAACUCGGAAAUGCCGAGCGGUUCCUUAAAACGAUAGUCGAUAUCCCAUUUGCUUUCAAAAGGAUGGAAUCUCUGCUAUUCAUGAGCACUAUUCAGGAGGACAUCGCCAUCACUAAAGAGUCCUUUGCUAACUUGGAGGUCGCUUGCAAGGAACUUAAGAGCAGCAGGCUGUUCCUCAAACUGCUAGAAGCUGUUCUUAAGACGGGUAAUCGGAUGAACGAUGGAACUUUUCGAGGUGGGGCGCAAGCAUUCAAAUUGGACACUCUCUUAAAAUUGUCAGAUGUGAAAGGAAAAGAUGGGAAGACUACACUAUUGCACUUUGUAGUUCAGGAGAUAAUCCGCACAGAAGGGAUAAGAGCCGCCAGGAAUGCCACUGGAAGCCAAAGCUUCUCAAGCACCUCAUCAAAGGAGAUGCUGGAUGGAACUACUCACGAUCCAGACGAGCAUUUCCGUAACUUGGGUCUUGAGGUCGUGUCGGGGUUGAGCGGCGAACUUCAGAAUGUGAGGAAAGCAGCGACCAUAGAUGCCGAUGCCUUGACUGGUACCGUUUCUAAACUUGGCCAUGGACUGUUGACUUCAAGAGACUUUUUGAACAAAGACAUGGAGAAUCUAGGUGAAGAAAGUCGAUUUCAUCGGACACUGAAAAGCUUUGUGCAGAAUGCUGAGGUUACUAUCAUGGCUCUCCUGGCAGAAGAAAAAAAGAUCAUGGAAAUGGUGAAAAGCACGGGUGAUUACUUCCAUGGAAAUGCUGGGAAGGAUGAGGGCUUAAGGUUGUUCGUAAUAGUGCGAGAUUUCUUGAUAAUGAUAGAUAAGACAUGCCGGGAGAUAAAGGAUGCACAGAAAAAACAGGUGAAGCAGGCGAAGGGGCACAGAAAGGCAGCAUCUUCUUCUGAUAUCAAUCCCUCCCUUCCGUCUUCGGAUGCCAAUCAACCCCCAUCCUCGUCUUCGGAUGCCAAUCAACCCCCGUCCUCGUCUUCGGAUGCCAAUCAACCCCCGUCCUCGUCUUCGGAUGCCAAUCAACCCACGUCGUCGUCCUCUGAUACCAAUCCACCCUCGUCGUCGUCCCCUGAUACCAAUCAACCACCCUCGUCGUCUCCUGAUACCAAUCAACCCCCGUCGUCGUCGUCGACUCCAGAUACCAAUCAACCCCCUUCAGCUCCAGUUUCUGACCCACGCCACCCACCUCCUCCCAAUCUAAACCAGCUGAUUUUCCCUGCAAUUACUGAUCGUCGGAUGGGUAGCUCAAGUUCAAGUUCAGAUGAUGAAAGUCCAUAGGUUAUCUUAUCAGCCAUUGAAAAGGUGCCCAACUCUCUGAAUUGUUAGGCUCCAUUUUGGACAUAGGCAAAUUCUUUAGCAAUAUGAAGAAGCUCCAUGAAUUGCCAAUGUGCCCAGAGCACAAUUAGAAUUCUUGGAAGUUUUUUCACCUUUGUUGAUUCUUCUGUAAAAAAAAAUCUAGUUUUGAAGUUCUUGGCAGUUGGAGCA